AUGAAGCACAUUAUCAAUCUAUAUGAAAACAUCAAUGAUACAGCAAGAAAUAAUUCAGACUGCCCUCCUGUGGUUUUGCCAGAAGAGAUAUUUUUCACAAUAUCCAUCAUUGGGGUUUUGGAAAAUCUGAUGGUCCUUCUGGCUGUGAUCAAGAAUAAGAAUCUCCAGUCACCCAUGUACCUUUUCAUUUGCAGCUUGGCCAUUUCUGAUAUGUUGGGCAGCCUAUAUAAGAUCCUGGAAAAUAUCCUGAUCAUGUUCAGAAACAUGGGUUAUCUCAAGCCUCGUGGCAAUUUUGAAACCACUGCAGAUGACAUCAUCGACUCCCUGUUCAUCCUCUCCCUCCUUGGCUCCAUUUUCAGCCUGUCUGUGAUAGCUGCUGACCGCUACCUCACAAUCUUCCAUGCUCUACAGUACCACAGCAUUGUGACUAUGCGCCGUGCCAUUGUUGUCCUGAUGGUCAUCUGGACGAGCUGCAUAGGCAGUGCCAUUACCAUGGUGAUCUUCUCCCAUCACAUCCCCACAGUGAUCACCUUCACAUCGCUGUUUCCUCUGAUGUUGAUCUUUAUUCUGUGCCUCUAUGUGCACAUGUUCUUGCUUGCCCGUUCCCAUGCCAGGAAGAUCUUGACCAUUCCCAGAACCAACAUGAAAGGGGCCAUCACACUGACCAUCCUACUUGGGGUCUUCAUCUUCUGUUGGGCCCCCUUUGUCCUUCAUAUCCUGUUAAUGACGUUUUGCCCAAAUAACCCCUAUUGUGCCUGCUACAUGUCCCUCUUCCAAGCGAAUGGCAUGUUGAUCAUGUGCAAUGCAGUCAUUGACCCCUUUAUAUAUGCCUUCCGGAGCCCAGAGCUCAGGAAUGCAUUUAAAAAGAUGAUCGUCUGUAACAAGUACUGGUAG